AUUAAGUUACGUUCCGAGGUCGGAUUAAGUGUGCAUUAAUGAGUGUGCUGGAAUGGACACAGGAGAAACUGGAUGAUUUGGAGAGUUUUGCUCAGACUUUGUUUCAGGACAUGGGGAAUAUAUUAGAUCUCGGUCUCCUAAAGGAAGACUCUAUAAAUAAGCAGGUGGACAACGUGAAGAUGGUGGAGAGGUUUCGUACCCGAAAUCCCGCGGUGGGGACCCUCUACCUGACCACCACUCACCUGAUCUUUGUGGACAGUGCUGGGAAGAGGGAGACCUGGAUCCUGCACACCCACAUGUACAAUAUAGAGAAGCAGCCCCUGAAUGCCGGGGGAUCCCCCCUACAGAUCCGCUGUAAGGAUUUCCGAUGUAUUACUUUUGUGAUUCCUAGAGACAGAGACUGCCAGGACAUUUUUACCUCCUUACAGGAACUCUCCAGACCAGCUGACAUAGAGAAGCUGUAUGCGUUUGUUUAUUCUGCGGCGGAUGGAAUGGAGAAGUCGUACGGCUGGGAUCUGUACGAUGCUCAGUCUGAGUAUCUGAGGAUGGGGGUCCCUAACCAGAACUGGUCCCUCUCCAACCUCAACAAAAAUUACGAGCUUUGUGAUACCUAUCCCAGACAUCUCUUUGUUCCGGCUUCAGCGUCGACACCAAUCAUCCUCGGCAGUUCUAAAUUCCGCAGCCGUGGACGACUUCCUGUUUUAUCUUACUUUCACAGUAAAACUCAGGCAGCCAUUUGUCGAUGCAGUCAGCCUCUUUCUGGAUUUCGAGCCCGCUGUAUGGAAGAUGAACAAUUACUACACUGCAUUCUAAAAUCCAACCCCAACCCUAAAUCAGAGUUCAUGUACGUCGUGGAUACCAGGCCAAAGAUAAAUGCCAUGGCAAACAAGGCGGCAGGGAAAGGUUACGAGAAUGACAACCAUUACACAGACAUCAAGUUCCAGUUCUGUGGCAUCGAGAACAUCCACGUCAUGAGGGCCAGUCUACAAAAACUACUGGACGUGUGUGAGAUGAAGAACCCUUCCAUGUCAGCAUUUCUCCAAGGACUGGAGACAAGCAGCUGGCUCAAACACAUCAAGUCUGUUCUAGACACCUCAGUGUUCAUAGCAGAGGCAGUGAAGAACGGGCAGAGUGUUCUGGUCCACUGUUCUGAUGGCUGGGACAGAACAGCUCAGACCUGCUCCUUGUCAAGUCUGAUGCUGGACCCUUACUACAGGACAGCCCAGGGAUUCCAGGCGCUGAUAGAGAAGGAGUGGUUGUCAUUUGGCCAUAAGUUCACAGAUCGCUGCGGUUUCCUGGAGACGCCGGACAAUAAGGAGACGUCGCCAGUGUUUACGCAGUUCGUGGAGGCCGUUUGGCAAUUAAUGCAGCAGUACCCCUGUGCAUUCCAGUUCAACGAACGAUUCCUUCUGACCAUCCAUGACCAUGUAUACUCAUGUCAGUUUGGAACAUUUAUAGGGAACUGUGAAAAGGACAGACUGGAUCUGAGAUUGAGUGAGAGAACCUAUUCCUUGUGGGGCCAUAUGAAGAAGCACAUGUCAGAAUUCCUGAAUCCUCUCUACAAGAAAGAGUAUGAGGUGACCCAUCCUACUUUAUCACCAAACACCAGCUCUCAGAAUGUCAAAGUUAUUUUUCACUUGGAACACCGGUAUGAUGUGGGGCUUCAUCCCAGAGAACAGAUUGCAGACAUUCUGAGUGCUGCCAAAGAUCACUCAGAUUCACUGGAAGACCACAUCAGUCUACUAGAGAAGAGAGUGACACAGAUCUGUCAGCUGUUGGGGAAAUCCGAGGAUGUGAUACAGAAAAAACUGAAUGGCGGAUUAUCUAUGGAGUCUCUGGAUAAUCUCAAGGAAUCCGUGGAGAAUUGCCUGACAGAGAAAUCCGAGAAAAUUACAGUCAACGGAGAAUGUGAUACUAAACUGGAACAAAACAUCAAAUCAAAAGACAUAAAUGAUCUCAUCGACCUCAAGAGUGAUAAUGAAUCGGGGUUCGAUGAGUCCAGUUCACAGUUGUCUAGAUCGGGUCAUGGUGACCUAAAUACCCAACGGACAGGUAUAGAAACUGGUUCCCUUGACUCCAGUAUGUGCUCAGUGGGGAGGGAGCAGCUAAGCUUGGACUUGCUUUUGUUUGAGAUGAACAGUGUGGCCAUUGAUUGGAAAUCAUUUCGCAAUAUUCACAACUGUAGCUGUGCAUCUCCAUUUAAUAGUUUUACUAAAAAG